CCUCCACCGUAGUUUCUCUUUAUUACUCACUCUUCAGACUUCACUCUCUCCAUUCUCCAACAUUCCUCAGGCUCAGCUCACUCUUUUUCUCCCCUUCCUCUCACGUUGUACGAAAUUACGAAAAUCUCCCCGCCGGAGCAGAAUUCGCCUGAGACGCUGCGGCGGGAGAAACAAAAGCGAAAGCGAUGAGUUGCAACGGGUGCCGAGUAUUGCGCAAGGGAUGCGGCGAGAAUUGCGUCCUCCGAUCUUCCCUAAACUGGAUUCCCACGCCGCAAGCGCAGGGGAACGCCACCUUGUUUCUCGCCAAAUUCUUCGGCCGUAGCGAUCUGCUCUCCUUCAUCUCCGCCGUCCCCGAAUCCCAACGCCCUGCUCUGUUCCAGUCGCUGCUAUACGAGGCGUGCGGACGGACGGUGAACCCGGUGAACGGGGCGGUGGGGCUGCUGUGGAGCGGGAACUGGAGAUUGUGCGAGGGCGCGGUGGAGACGGUACUCGCCGGAGGAUCGCUUCUUCCGUUACCGGGAAUCGCGGCGGUGGCUGAUGAGUCAGCAGAUAGCUUCUCCGCCGUUGGAUCGGGUCGUCAGCUGCGGCCGAUUUCGGGGGUAGGGAGUGAGAAUUGUCGAUCCUCUGACCAACAUCGUUUUCCUCUGCUGACGCCGGGCGGAAGCGAGCGGCGGGUGAGUAGACUGGCGACGGGGGGAACGUCGUUCUUUGGGGAGGAAUCGGAGACGACGACUUUCGAGAGCAGCGGCGGGGACCGGAAGAAGCUGCUUAAUCUUUUUGUUUGAAUAGAGAAAAUAAAGUACUGCUGAGAGAGAGAAAUGAAAAAAAAAAAUUAGAGGAAGAACUAAGAAGCAGAGUUUUUGUCGGUAGAAAAGAGAGGAAAUCAAGAAACCAAAGGCUGAGAGAUGGAUGCGGUUACUGGAAUGUGAACUGCUUUCUUCCUUCCUCGGUUCCUGUUUUGUAUUAUAAUAAUAACAGACGAAGAAGAAGAGAAAAGAACGCCGGCGAGUUUUGGGUGCGCUAUUCGGAGUCUGCCGGUGAAGGGGUUUUGUCUCUUUGUCUUGUUAAUUUUUUCUGUUGUGUUUUUGUCUGCAUCCGUACGUUUCAUUUGGCUGGGCUGCAUUUCAUAGCCAGUGUCUAUGUGGUUGACAAGUGGGUCAGUGAGUCAAGAAAUGUAUACAUAUGAU